AUGGCGCAUCUGAAUGUCCUCCCAGCCACGGUCUUCUCUAUGCUCUGUCUUUUCCAACAUGCUUCCACUUGGACAGGGAAUAAUUUCCUCAUGACCGGCCCAAAGGCGUUUCUGACCUACGCCAGCAGCGUGCAGAUGGGCGCGCAGAGCGGAAUAAAAGAGUGCAAACACCAGUUCGCUUGGGAGAAGUGGAACUGUCCAGAAAGCACGCUUCAGCUGUCCACGCUGAACGGCCUCCGCAUCGCCACAAAGGAGACGUCGUUUGUGCACGCAAUCAGCGCCGCUGGAGUGAUGUACACGCUCACCAAGAACUGCAGCAUGGGGGACUUUGACAGCUGCGGCUGCGAUGACACAAGGAUUGGACAGACAGGAGGCAGAGGAUGGAUCUGGGGAGGAUGCAGCGACAAUAUAGCGUUUGGAGAAAAGAUUUCCCGGCAGUUUGUUGACGCCCUGGAAGACGGACAAGAUUCACGCGCAGCAGUAAAUCUCCACAACAAUGAAGCAGGAAGACUGGCGGUCAAAGCAACUAUGAGGAGGGUCUGCAAAUGUCAUGGAGUUUCUGGAAGCUGCAGCAUCCAAACCUGUUGGAUGCAAUUAGCCGAGUUCAGAGAGGUGGGGAACUAUCUGAGGAUGAAGCACCGGAACGCCAGGAAGCUGGAGGUGGACAAGAAGCCAGUGAGAGCUGGUAACAGCGCGGGGAGCAGGACGACCAUAGCGCACGCCUUUCGGAGCAUCGCCAAAACGGAGCUAGUUUACCUGGAGGAUUCCCCCAAUUACUGCAUGAAGAACCAGAGCCUGGGGGUGCAGGGCACAGAGGGGCGGGAGUGCCUGAAGGGCGACAGGACCAUGCCUCAGUGGAAGAGGAGGAGCUGCCGCCGGCUGUGCCAUGAAUGCGGCCUCAGAGUGGUGGAGAGGCGCACUGAGGUGGUCAGCAGCUGCAACUGCAAGUUUCACUGGUGCUGCACCGUCAAGUGUGAACGGUGCACACAGAUUGUCACUAAAUAUUACUGCUCGCGUAAAGAUGGUGCGAGGAAACAGCAGAAUAAAACAAAGCGCAAACCGCGACACUGA